GCCAGCCCAGCCCCCUGCGCGCUCCGUCAAGUUUGUGCGCGCUCUCCGCCGGCUCGGCUCUCGGUUACCUGAGCCGGCGACCACGUCACUGCCACAUCAUCUGGGCUUUUAUAUUGCGAGGAAACAGGAAAAGCGGCCGAAGGGCGUCGCGGGCGCGGGCCAAUCGCGGGCGGCAGCGGCAGGCGGCGGGCCGCGCUCGGCGGUCUGCGGCGCGGGCCUGGGGGCCUCGGCGGCGGGAAGAUGCUGCAGUCCCUGGCCGGCAGCUCGUGCGUGCGCCUGGUGGAGCGGCACCGCUCGGCCUGGUGCUUCGGCCUGCUGGUGCUCGGCUACCUGCUCUACCUGGUCUUCGGCGCCGUGGUCUUCUCCUCCGUGGAGCUGCCCUACGAGGACCUGCUGCGCCAGGAGCUGCGCAAGCUGAAGCGGCGCUUCCUGGAGGAGCACGAGUGCCUGUCCGAGCCGCAGCUCGAGCAGUUCCUGGGCCGGGUGCUGGAGGCCAGCAACUACGGCGUGUCGGUGCUCAGCAACGCCUCGGGCAACUGGAACUGGGACUUCACCUCGGCGCUCUUCUUCGCCAGCACCGUACUCUCCACCACAGGUUAUGGCCACACCGUGCCCCUCUCGGAUGGAGGCAAGGCCUUCUGCAUCAUCUACUCGGUCAUUGGCAUCCCCUUCACCCUCCUGUUCCUGACCGCCGUGGUCCAGCGCAUCACCGUGCAUGUCACCCGCAGACCAGUCCUCUACUUCCACAUCCGCUGGGGCUUCUCCAAGCAGAUGGUGGCCAUUGUCCACGCCGUUGUCCUCGGGUUUGUCACCGUGUCCUGCUUCUUCUUCAUCCCAGCUGCUGUGUUCUCAGUCCUGGAGGAUGACUGGAACUUCCUCGAAUCCUUUUACUUUUGUUUUAUCUCCCUGAGCACCAUUGGCCUGGGGGAUUAUGUUCCUGGGGAAGGCUACAAUCAAAAAUUCAGAGAGCUCUACAAGAUCGGGAUCACAUGUUACCUGCUGCUGGGCCUCAUUGCCAUGCUGGUCGUUCUGGAGACCUUCUGUGAGCUCCACGAGCUGAAGAAGUUCCGGAAGAUGUUCUACGUGAAGAAGGACAAGGACGAAGACCAGGUGCACAUUGUGGAACACGACCAGCUAUCCUUCUCCUCCAUCACAGACCAGGCGGCUGGCGUGAAGGAGGAGCAGAAGCAGAGCGAGCCCUUCGUGGCUGCGCAGGGGGCUGCCUAUGCGGACGGCUCUGCCGGCCACUGAGCCUGGGCUUGCUGCCGCGCGAGGAACAGGCUCACUGUGUCCAUUUAUACAGGAAUGUAGAAGACAGGCUGAUGCUAUUUUGAGAAAUAUCUACUAUUUACAUUAUUUUUAAAAGUUGAAUAAAGGAAUCAUUGACUUUG